AUGUUUCGUUUCAGGGUGAAAACACCCGGUGGCCGUGUCGUCUAUAUUUACCUGAAGAAACGAGGCACUGUCCCGAAAUGCGGUGACUGCAAGACGAAGUUGCCUGGUAUCAAGCCCUCUCGUCCUCGCGAACGAUGCAGGAUGAGCAAACGUUUGAAAACCGUAAAUAGGGCCUACGGUGGUACAAGAUGUCACAAAUGUGUGCGCAACAGUAAUUCGCGCAUUUAUGAUGGAAGAACAGAAGGUUUUGAAGCAACUUGUUAA